UAAAUAUAAAGUUAGUCGUCUAUGUUCAGUCGUUAAGCGAGAAAACGAAACGUGAAAUUUGAUGUCAUGUCGUCGUCAAAUACCAAGCGUAUUGCUUAUGUUGGAGGAUUAGCAGAAGAGGUAACAGAGAAGACGCUCCAUGCAGCCUUCAUUCCUUUUGGUGACAUCAUGGACAUACAGAUCCCGUUAGACUAUGAGACUGAAAAACACAGAGGAUUUGCUUUUGUGGAGUUUGAGUUUGCAGAGGACUGUGCAGCUUCCAUCGAUAACAUGAAUGACUCUGAGCUAUUUGGUCGCACGAUCCGUGUCAACCUUGCAAAGCCAAUGAAAAUCAAAGACGGAUCGGCAAAAGCAGUUUGGUCUGACGAUACCUGGCUCAAGAAGUAUGCCGGUGCUACCUUGAAGAAUGAGGAAGGGGGAGUGGUUGGAGGAGAUGAAGGUGAUGCCAUGGCAACCAAGAGACCAGCAGAGGAUGCAGGAGAGACUGCUGAACCUGCACCCAAGAAGUCCAAGGCCAAUUCACAAGUGUUCUUUGACAUCAAGAUAGGAAGCAAGGCAGCAGGCCGUAUUACAAUACAACUGAGGGUUGACGUCACGCCAAUGACUGCAGAGAAUUUCCGCUGUUUGUGCACACAUGAAAAGGGCUAUGGCUUCAAAGGCAGCAUCUUCCACAGAAUCAUCCCUCAAUUUAUGUGUCAAGGAGGAGAUUUCACCAACCAUAAUGGAACCGGUGGCAAGUCUAUCUAUGGGAAGAAGUUUGCUGAUGAGAACUUCAUCCUGAAGCACACAAGUCCAGGAAUGCUCUCGAUGGCUAAUUCAGGUGCAAAUAGCAACGGAUCCCAGUUCUUCUUGACAACAGAGAAGACAGAAUGGUUGGAUGGCAAGCACUGUGUCUUCGGGCAGGUGAUCGACGGGAUGAACGUCGUGAAAAAGAUGGAAUCAGUUGGAACAAAGUCGGGCAAACCAAGGGAAACUGUCACCAUUACAGACUGUGGAGAACUUGUAUGAUAGUUGGAUCCAGGGUACAAUUAGAAAGACUCUUGUUGGGAGCUGAGUGUUGGGGAUAUCAACACAGUAAUCUGUACAGACUGUGGGAGAGCCUUUCAGGUCAUGGACGGAAAAAAACUUGUGUACACCAGUUUAUCAUCAUCGUCAUCAUCGUCAUCAUCAUUGUCAUUUUAUCAUCAUCACCACCACCAUCAUCAUCAUCAAGAAAUCAUUCAGUCAUUGUUAUCAUCAUCAUCAUCGACCUCAUCAUCGUCAUCAUCACCAUCAUUUACAAGUCCAUUCCCAGUUAUCAUCAGCCCGGUCGUCAUCGUUAAACAUCCCUUUUCUAAUGCUGUGGAGUUGAACAGUUCAUUUCAGUGAUGGCCUUUCUCCGAGCCUUCUGAAGAGCCAUGAAAUGUGACAUAUUUGACAUAAGAGAUAGGAGACUGCAAACUUGCGAUUGAUUGGAGGACUUGCGAUUGAUUUGGAUCAAUCGCAACUCUUUGUUAGAAGGGGCCCAGGAGAAGUUAUGAAAUCACCUUACAUCAAAGAUAUGGAAUAUGGUUAUCUCAAUAAGAUGACAUGAGUUUCUUUCUUGGUGUUACUAGUACAUGUAGUAAGCAGGACUUUUACCUCUUUGCAGACAAUUGUUUCCCUAAAAAUGAACACAUUGUGUGCACCAUCUUCACUCACUUGUAUAGUUCUAUGCAGUCACUGUGAGGCCAUGUGGAAAGUUCAGUCUCUCCUAUCAACUUUAUGCCCACAAAAUGAGCACCAUCUCCAUAUCUGUGGAAGUAUAUUGGAGGAACCUCAGUAUAAAGUAAACUGUUAAAACAAACUCUUUUUAUAUAUUCUCUGGUCCCAAUUCUGAGUAUUCUAAUGACUGUGAACCAUGGUAUAUCAAGGUUUCGAAAUAACAAGGUAGUUUCUUUCGUUCCAAGGAGUUGUAAUGACAAGAUUCAAGAGUAUUCCUACUUUACCAUCAUUCUGAGGGCGUGAGGGCAUAUUUGACUUCAUACAACUGAAAGUACUCUGAAAUCAGAAGUCACUUUCCUGUUGUGAUGAAAUUGUAGUGUACAUUGUACAUAGUGAUUGGACUAUUAAAUGUCAACCUUUUUACAAGAAA